GUGGUCAAUGAAUAACGUCAGCUAAGGUAUCCGCAGCGCAUUUCGCCUCAACGUAUCCAUAUCCCGCCGCCCCGUCGCCGCUCUCAACAAGACGACGAGUCAACCCUCGGCACGAAUCAUGUCAUCUUCAUCACACUUGCACAUACGACGUCGAUAGUUACUGAAGAAGCCUUUUCUUUUCUUUCCCUUUUCCCCUUUUCGUUCUCGUAAGGGGAUUUCCCCUCUGCAGAACCCUUUGUUACCAUCACCAACUCGGCAUCAAGCAAACCAUCUGCUCUGACGAAUACGCGCUCCAGCCUACACCGCGCCUUCCCGGCUUCCCCAAAGGCACCAUGGCCUUACGCCCAGCAGCGCUGGCGCUGAGCGCGACCAGCCCACUGCUCCGACGGGCAACGAUGCAGCCCGCGACAAUGCAAUCCAUUUUCCGGCUCGCGACCUCCUCCGCUCGCCCGACUGCCACCGCCUUCACUCGGACCCCCGGCCUGGGCCUUGCACUCCAGCUUCAGCAACAACAAUAUCAGUACAGACUCUUUGGAACCAACAAUGCCAUCUCGCGCAAUCUUCUCGCCACGAGGGAGUCGGCAGCGAACAGGAACCCCGGCAGCGCGACCGCGCAGAACGCAUUCUACCAGCUCCUCCUCAAGGCCAACAUGCCCGCCAUCGUCAUCGAGCGCUACAACUCUGGCCGGUUCGCGAGAAACGAUGCGGUGGAUCAGGCAUAUGCGCAGGCGAUUGGCAUGCAGAGCACCGGCGCCGUCGGCGGGAUGGGUGGCCACGAUCACCUGCCCUCCGCCUUUGGCAAUGUCGGCACGCUCGGCGGCCAGGAGCUGAACCAGCAGUCCCCCGGGAACCUUAGCCAGGCGCAGCUGCAAGCUGUUGGCCAGGCUCUGGCUGCGAGGUCGCGCGAUUCGAACAUGGCUACCGCAAAGGUCCAGGGCAAUGGCCUCCCGACUAGCCCGCUGCACGUCGUUGUAGACGAGUCAUUUGGCGGCGUCAUCUUCCGCUGGGUCAAGUUCGUCUUGUGGUUCUGUCUCUUCACGUAUCUCAGCUUGGUCGUCGUCACGAUGCUGGUCGAGGGUCUCAACCUCUUCAAGCGACCCGGCGGCAAAGUGGACAGCGAGGCCAAGGCCGAGAACCAGACAACCCGUUUCGCAGACGUACACGGCGCCGACGAGGCCAAGGAUGAGCUUCAGGAGCUGGUCGACUUCCUCCGCAACCCCGACAAGUUCUCCACCCUCGGCGGCAAGCUUCCCAAGGGUAUUCUAAUGGUUGGACCCCCCGGUACUGGUAAAACUCUCUUGGCUCGCGCCGUUGCCGGUGAAGCUGGCGUCCCCUUCUUCUACAUGUCUGGCAGUGAGUUCGACGAGGUCUACGUUGGUGUCGGUGCCAAGCGUGUCCGCGAUCUCUUUGCUUCCGCCAAGUCCAAGUCUCCCGCCAUCAUCUUCAUCGACGAGCUCGACGCCAUUGGUGGACGCCGCAACACUAGGGAUGCUGCCUACCACAAACAGACGCUCAACCAGCUCUUGACGGAAUUGGACGGUUUCGAGCAGAACAGCGGUGUCGUCAUUAUCGCUGCUACCAACUUCCCGGAACUUCUCGACAAGGCUCUGACCCGACCUGGACGUUUUGACCGCCACGUUACCGUUCCCCUGCCCGAUGUCCGCGGCCGUAUUGAGAUCCUCAAGUACCAUGCCAAGAAGAUCAAGGCCGCCCCCGAGAUCAACUUUGAGGCCAUUGCUUCCAGCACUGGCGGUCUCUCUGGUGCCGAGCUCGAGAACAUUGUGAACCAGGCUGCCGUCCGCGCCAGCAGGCUCAAGAAUGCUGCCGUCUCCAUGACGGAUUUCGAGUGGGCCAAGGACAAGGUCAUCAUGGGUGCGGAGAAGAAGAGCAUGGUCAUCAGCCAGAAGGAGAAGGAAAUGACUGCUUAUCAUGAGGCCGGUCACGCCUUGGUGUCUUUCUACCACGAGAGCGGUCCCAACAAGCUUUACAAGGUUACCAUCCUGCCUCGCGGCCAGAGUCUCGGACACACUGCACACCUGCCUGAGAUGGACAAGUAUUCGUACACGACGAGGGACCUCAAGAGUCUGAUUGAGACUUCUCUGGGCGGAAAGCUUGCGGAAGAGCUGGUCUAUGGCACCGACAAGGUGACCACCGGUGUCUCAAGCGAUCUCAAGAAUGCCACAAACCUGGCUUUCCAGAUGGUCGCUCUGUACGGCAUGUCUGCCAAGCUCGGCCCCGUGGAGUACGGCGAGCGCUACAACCAGCUCAGCUCAGAGACCAAGGCUCUCAUCGAGUCCGAAGUGCAGCGUACCUUGACGGAGUCAUACGAGAAGGUGCGCGAGCUGCUCACAUCAAGGCGCAAGGAGCUCGAUCUCCUGGCCAAGGCUCUCGUCGAGUACGAGACGCUGGACAAGAACGAGGUAGAAAAGGUCAUUCGCGGCGAGAAACUUCCUGACCGCACGCCCAUGCCUCAAGGCCCUAUGAAGGUGCCUGCAAGCUCGGGCGUUGAUAUCGGUCAGACGAUUCCCCCGCCGUUCCCUCCUCCUGCCGGACCCGCUACGCCUCCGCCGGCGCCACCGCCACCCGCGACUUCUACGGGUGGCGUCGCUCCUGGAUCUAACCAGAAGUCAUGACCGGAGCUUACCGUACGUGACUCUGGUCAGAACCAUCAUCAACACAUUUUGUUCUUACGGUUAGCAUGCGGAAGUGCGAGAGCCGAGUCGCGGCCCGUUGGGAGGGCACUCGCAUGGAUUUACAAUGUAUCACUUUAACGGUACAGCAUGGCAGGCGUUUACCAGAGAUUCAAAGAAUUUGCGAUUUCAUUUGCCUUUGAAGGAUAGCCAGGAAAAACGAGACAGACCUGGCUUUGGCCAACACAGCUUGGUCAACAUGCUGUUGGCCAAAGGCGAAGAAAAGCAGCAUGGUUUCUCGUCAGAUCCGCUGCGCGCACGAACAACACUCUCCCCUCACCUGGGGCUUUGAUACGCCUUCGUAAAAUAGGGCGUCGGCGUCGGAUAUAGAUUGGGUUGGCUAUCGAGUAAGGGGAGGGCAAGACCGACUCUGUUGGGGUUUGAACUCCCCAUCACAGCGAUGCAAACGGACCGUUCUCUACUUUAACGGGUACGGCAGCGCCUGGACUCUGUAAAGUGCGGCCACUCGAUUGAGUGUAUUAUUUUCGUUUGUAGAAUUAUGUAAAUGAAGCAUUGCCCCG